GCUCCCCUCACGGCCGGCGCGGUGCCGCCAUCGCCGUAGCGCGGCGUGUCCCGUGUGCGCCCCGAGCCCUUCCCGAGCCCCGGGCCCUUCCCACGCCCUUCGGCCCGUCCUGAGCCUCUCCCGCCUCUCCCCCGCCCGGCCCGGCCAGCGCCCCGUGCGUCAUGGCCGCGUACAAGCCGGUGGCGGUGCCGGCGUGCCCCAAGCUCGGCGAGAGGAUCACGCAGGACACGCUGUACUGGCGGGGAUACAAGACACCUGUUCAGAUAAAGGAAUUCGGCGCAAUAAAUAAAAUUGACUUCUCCCCGACCCCGCCGUACAACUACGCCGUCACGGCAUCCUCGCGGGUGAGUGCCUUUUCUGAGACCACUGCUCUUUCUCUCCUGGGUCGGUUCUACACAGCAACGCCCUCUUGUGCCUUUUUCUUUUGUCAGGUCCACAUCUACGGCCGCUACUCGCAGGAGCCCAUCAAGACCUUCUCGCGGUUCCGGGACGCCGCCUACGGUGCCACCUACCGGGACGACGGGCGCCUGCUGGCCGCGGGCAGCGAGGACGGCAGCGUCUGCCUCUUCGACGUGGGCGGCAAGGCGCCGCUGAGGCAGUUCGAGGGGCAUUCCAAACCAGUUCAUGUGGUGGGCUUCCUGUCCGAUAAAUACCGAAUAUUUUCUGGUGGUGAUGAUUAUUCAUCGAAUUUGUGGGAUAUUCCAAGUGCCACAGAAAUCAUCUCCUACAGUGAGCAUACUGACUAUGUGAGGUGUGGCUGUGCAAGUAAAGUGAAUGCAGAUGUCUUCAUAACAGGUUCCUAUGAUCACACUGUGAAACUGUUUGAUGCACGAAACAAGAGCAGUGUCAUGACAAUAGAGCACGGCCAUCCUGUGGAGAGCGUGCUCCUGUUUCCAUCUGGUGGACUUCUAGUAUCUGCAGGAGGUCGAUAUGUCAAAGUUUGGGAUGUACUAAAAGGUGGACAGUUACUAGUGUCACUUAAAAAUCACCAUAAAACUGUAACUUGUUUGUGCCUGAACAGCUCUGGACAAAGGUUAUUGUCAGGAUCCCUGGACAGGCAUGUGAAGAUUUACAGCACUACAUCCUACAAAGUAGUCCACAGCUUCAACUAUGCAACAUCCAUCCUCAGUCUGGCAUUGUCACCUGAAGACGAAACCAUAGUUGUAGGCAUGACCAACGGAGUGCUAAAUGUUAAACACAGAAAACCAGAAGAAAAGAAUGAAAACUCUCCAAAGAAGAGACAACCAGCAUAUAGAACCUAUGUGAAAGGAAGAACCUACAUGCCAAAACAGGAAGAUUUCUGUGUCAGUAAACCUGUGAAACGUGUUUUGAGAAAAUAUGAUAAGCUGCUGAGGAGCUUUCAGUCUUCCAAGGCUCUUGAUGCAGUAUUGGAGCCACCCAUCAUGCUGCACACUCCGGAGGUCACGGUUGCAGUCAUGCAGGAGCUGCAUCGCAGAGGAACGCUGAGGAGUGCGCUUGCAGGCCGAGAUGAGAAGCAAGUUAAUCUCCUGCUUACCUUUGUGGCAAGGCGUGUGAUUGAGCCUAGAUUUACUCCUGUCCUGGUGACUGUUGCUGAUAUGCUCACUGACAUUUAUCAGCCUGUGGUCGGGCAGUCAGCAAUAGUUGAUAAACAGUUCUUGAAACUCCAGGAAGCUAUCGGAAAAGAAAUUGACUAUCAAGAAGAACUACUAGAAGUUUUGGGAAUGAUGGAUACACUGUUCGCUACUUUUACUAAGAAAAAAGACACCUGUUUAGAAGAGAACAAAAGUAAUGGUGUUACAGGGAUGAUUGCAACAAAUAGGAAUUACUGACACCCAUCACAACAAAUUGUCACAGUUGUGAAAUUGGAAGACAUGACCUGUUCUCCUGGUAACUUCUAAUAAUAGUGACUUUCAAAAUAAGCCUCUCUGUGUUGAAGUUCUUUUAAACUGUCUUGCUGAAUAGGCUUGAUUACUGAAGACAGAGAAGGAGGACAUUUUCAGGAUUGUCCAUGCAAUAUUUUUCAAACAAUUUCAUUUUAAAAUCUCAUUUCAGAGUUACAUAACUUCUUAAGGAUUUACAUGGCCUGGUUUUUGGUAGCAUCAGGGCUGCAGGGGUGGCUUCUCUGAGAAGCUUCCUUCAUGUUUGGGAGAACCAAUCCCUGUUGGCUCCAGAGAUGGAUGUGCCACUGGCAAAGGCUGGGCCAACCAGAAAUGGUGAUAACAAAUUGUGCAGUUGUAAUUGCAGCCAGAGAAGAGCAGAGUGAGAACGUGUGAGAAGAAAAACCCUGUGGACACUGAAGUCAGUGAAGAAGGAGGGGCAGGAGAUGUUCCAGGUGCAGAGAUCCACCUGCAGCCCCUGGAGCAGCCCAGGCUGGAGCAGAGGAUGCCUGAGAGGAGGCUGUGACCCCGUGGAGAGAGGGGCCCUGCCCCAGGCUGGAGCAGCUCUCCUUGAGGGGCUGCACCCCAGGAGCAGUUUGGGGAGGACUGCUGCCCUGGGAGGGACCCACCCUGGAGGAGUUCAUGGAGAGCUGUGUCCCAUGGGAGGGACCCCAGGGUGCAGCAGGGAAGGACUCCUCUUCUGAGCAGUGGAGAAACCACAGGUCAUGAACUGACACCAGACAAGAGGCUCCAUUAGAUACCAAGGGCCUCUGGCUUGAAAAGACACUGAUCCCAAAUACUGCCAAUGAACCAAGAACCAGCAUUACCUGAGAACAUCAGUUGCCCUCAAAACUGUCAAAACUGCUUUUGCUAUCCCUGGAUGAGGUUAGAAUGUGUGACCCCUUCCCUCUCUCCUUGUGCUUUGGGGUAGGAGGUGGAGCUGGGAAGGAGGGAGGGGUGAGGGGGAGGUGUUUUUAAGGGUUUAUUUUGCUUCUCAUUGUCCUGCUCUAAUUUUGUAAAGUAAUAAAUGUAAUUAAUAUCUCUAGGUUGAGCCUGUUUUGCCCAUCAUGGUAUUUGAUGAAUGAUCUCCCAUGCUCUUUAUCUCAGUCCACGAAUCUUUCACUAUAUUUUCUCUCCCGUGUCCAGGUGCAGAGGAGAGUGAGUGAGGGGCUUUGGUGGCUGCCUGGUGUCUGGCCAGCACUAGCCCACUACAGCUGUGUGUCCAGUACUGUGAGCAGUCAGCAAUUCUGUUUUUAUUUACCAGAAAAUAAUUGAUGUUUGUGUAAUUUUAAUGUGUCACUGUCCUUAUUUAAGGUUAAUACCCAAUCACAUCCUUGGAACUACAACGAAAACAGCAUACACAUUUGAUAACACUUGAUUACAUAGUUUUUUCUCUUCCUGCUUGAUCUCCAUUUAAGAUUUCCAUGAAUUCACAGCACACAGCAGAAUGACUCAAGAAGUGCAUGCUUAUGCAUAUUAAAAAGUUUACUUUUCUAAUGAUGCAUAUGCAUUUAUGAAUUACAGUUUUCUAUAAAAUAGGUAAUACUUCUAAAGGAGAACUAAUUCAAAUUAAAUUAAUGAGUGAAAUGCACACCAGUGAGAAAAUAUUCAAAUUAAAUAUGAAAACUCAAUUUUUGUGUAAUUCUGUCACUUUUGGUGCACAUGUAGAUAGAAUUUGAAUCAGUUGUUUGAAUGCUAGGGUAAUGGUUUAUUUUACCUUCAAGCAGGGCUGGAUCAGUAUGAUUACACUGGGAAGAGGUGUGCCAAAGGCUGUUGACUCUAGGGCAGAACUUUGUUCCUAACCUGUUCUAUGGCCUGAAUUUUCCCCCAGGCCUGGAAUUUGAGAUGUAACAGGAAUUUGUUGCAAAAUUAACUUGCCCAUGUGUGCUCAUUGAAAGGCAGAUAUCAGAUAUCUAGCAGAUUGUGUUCACGUGGUAGAGACAGCUAGAACAGUUUUGCAAGUUCUACCUAAAAUCUUAACAACUGUGACUGAAAAGCUUGGAGUGCUGUCUGGUCUGCCCUUAAGUUCCUACAUGAACAAUCUGUGUUCCUGACUACUGGGAUUUACUGAUUUUGAAUACUUGGAAUGAUAACAGGUAAUAACGAGGAGCAUGUUCAUGCAAACUUCAAGCUUAAAGUUUCAUUGCUGCUUACUUUUUAUUUAUUUUGUUUAUGUUAAUAGACAUGAACCUUGUUUU